AUGGCGUCGAGUACCUCGCCGCCCGGGCGGCUGCUGUACCAGCUGGAGGACACGGGGAAGUGGAUACAGCAGAUGCGCGCGCAGUACAAGCGCAUCCUGACGCCACUCUCGCUCUUCCCCACCACUUUUUCCCGACUCAAGCCGUGCCUGUCCGGCUCUUCCCUGGGCCCGCAAGACGAGGAGGAGCUGCCGGUGCCCAUCUCGCUCUCGGCCCUAAUUCAGAUGGUGAAGGCCCGGUUGCAGCCGGGGCCUCAGGAAGCCCAGGCCCACCCUCACCACCUGCGGACCUUCCGGGACAUCAUCCUCACCCAGGUCAAGCACGCCCACAAGGACCUCCAGCACCUGCUGCACGACCCGGCCUUCAGCCCUGACACCAAUCGGGAGCUCUACCAGCACCUCUUGACCUACCUCGGCCUGGUCUGCCAGCAUCUCUUCCACCACUAUUUGGGCCUCAUACAGUGCUGCCAGCUGCGGCGCAUCUUCACCGACUGUGCCAACCUCAUCCGCUUCUCGGCCCAGCUGGCCCUGGAUUGCUCCAAGUUCCUCAAUGUGACGGACGUGCGCCAGCGCCUGGUGUGGGAGAUGAAGAGGAUGGCGGACCACCCGCCCGAGUCGCCGACCAAAUCCUCCAGCCCUUUUGGCCCCAUGACCACCCAUUCCUUGGGCAACCGCCUGGGCAUCACCAUCUGUUACUUCAUCAGAUACAUCCGGCCCCAUACGCUGACGGAGAAAGAAAAAAUCGCCCAGGAUGUGAAAGAGCUGGAGGAUUUACCCUUGCUCGACAUGAGCAAAAUCAAGCAGUUGAAGCUACCCACCGCCAGGAAAGCGGAUUUCCUGCAGCAAAUGGCCGUCGCGGCUGUCACCACCCCUUAUCCCCGUGUGUCCUCACGCGCUUGGUCUAGGCCUCAGAUUAUCCCGGCGACUUCCGUCCUUCUCAAGUCCCAGUCACUGCCCAAUAUGAGGGUAGGGAGGCUUUUAGCCGAUGAACUCGGCAUCCAUUUGAUCUCUCGCCGGCUCAGCCCCGAUCUGCUUUGCCGCUGCCCCGAAUCCCCCGAAAGCAGCGAACCGAAGGGUCCAGCAGCCCUGGCUGAAGACCUUAAGAGGCUGGUCCGCGGCUCCAUCUUGGACAAGUCUCCAUGGAAAGACGAGCAAGAGGAUUUGGAUCUCCCUCCCCUCAUCAAAGUAUUGACGUGGACCAAGGCCAACGAGAAUCACCAGAUGCACUUGCAGAGAGUUCUCAAGUCCCUGCGCGACGAAGAGAGCUUUGAGAGGAAGCGGAGAAACACCAUUAUCGCCGCCCCGGCUUCUCAUCCUCAGGCAGCGACGGUGAAUGUCAGAAUCCAUGACAGGCUGGUGGUAAAAACAGCUGAUUUGCAGGUGUCUGAAAGACACUAUAUCGAAAAUGUAACGACGGAGAGGGCUUUACCAAUCUACAAUCACCUCCUGGGGGAGAUAAGUCCUGCUACCAUGAAGAUGCUGGAUGCAAAUCUUUCUACCGGACAAGAGGUCCAGGAGAUCUACAAGGAACUGAUGAAUACGAUUCCUAAAGACCACCUGAAGUUUGACCAAGGAUCCUUAAUACAGUGUCCUGCAACUCUCCUGCCUCAUGACUCCUGCUUUGCUUCCUCGACGCUGACGAAGAGGAAAUGUGAGCAGAUCGUUAAUACAGAGCUGAGUGAAAUUCUCCCAGCUGGGCCCUUAGUCCCAGAGGAAGAGGUGGAUGUAACCCAAGCCCCAAAUCUAUCCAAGAAGAAGCUGGCUUCAAAAGAAUAUGCCUCCUGGCUCAAAUGGUGGAAAGCCACAUUUAACAUCGACGAGUAUUUGAAAUUCAUCAGCAGCAACAACGUGGACUAUCUGCCGGUCAUAUUUCAUUUGUACAACCCCGACGAAGAUGAUAAAGAGGGGAAGGAGAAAGACAUGCAGGGUCUGUUAAACGAGGAAGAAGUGAAGAGACAGAAAGUGAAGAGGCAGCAGCUAAAAGCCGCUGAGCUCCAGUCGCAGAAAGAACUAUUCCACACUGGGUUGUGGAAUGCCAGCAGCGCGUGGUUGGAGAGCCUCGGAAGUUCUACGAUUGACCACAGGUUUGAAGAUUUCAAGGCUCUACAGAGGAGAAUGGAAAGACUGUGGACCGUCCUUCAUUUCUCCGAACGAGAAAGGAUAGAUAUGGCCAUCAAGUACAGCUCUAACCAGUAUUACUUACUGCUUCCAGACAUGCUGAAUUCCUGGGAGAUCGCUGCCCAGUUUAUCCAGGACCGGGAACUCCUGCUGGCUGAGAUAGAAGAGUUUGAGCAGGCGGCUUCGGAUCCCAACCGCUUAUUCAGCAAGGAGCCGGGCUCGUACGCCACCAGGGUGCAAGAGACGAAAUUCAGAAGCAACUUGCGUUUCGAGUUGGAGCAGUACAACUUAGAACUCCGCGCGAUUCUGAAACACAUCAGUGACGCCUUCAACGACACGGUGACUUUCAAAGGUCGGCCAUACCAAGUCAAGAUGGAGAGGGACCUAGUGGAGAUGCUUUAUUGGUUGCAGCAGGAGCGUCGGGCUGUGGUUUUGAGGAAAGCGGUCCACAGCAGGAGCUCGGGGAGGCUUUCUCCUCUUUUUUAGAUUGGCUCCACUAUCUGUUGCUUUGGAAACACACUCCUUUCCACCUGCAUCGAUUCUGCCCUCCGUUAUUCCCCCCCCUCCCGAAUUUAGGAGGCUGAGAACAAUGGAGGCAGUGUCAGUUAAGAUCAGAUUGAUGGAAAACUCAAAGAAGUUUUUCCUUAGGUUCAAGGAUGAGCUGGAGAUAACGCAGGUGAGACGGGGGACAAAGCCAACACCCUGCGAAAUAUCCUCAGGAGCAAUAGCAAAACGACAGCUGGGUGCUUGUCAGCUUUGCUUUCUUUGCCAGUAUAAUUUGUAAUUGUUGAAUAGUUCCGUCUUUCAUUAAAAAUAUGUUUCUGGUU